AUGGCCAGGAAAAUAACCACUUUCACAAUGCUUCUUGCACUUCUUUCUCACCACCUUUUCAUCAUUCCUGUUAUCUCCUCCACUCUUGAAGAUCAGAAGAACUACUACAUUCCAGAUCCACAUUUCAGAAACCCUCCUUCAACUUUCUCUGAUUCUCUAUGCCCACACAGAAGUAGCUCUCCCCCAUCUCAUAGCUCACCACCUUCACAUGGAAGCUCAAGCUCAUCACCACCUUCACAAGGAGGUUAUUAUACUCCUACUCCAACUCCAUCAACACCUUCAGGUGGCUGUGGAUCAUCAUCACCACCAACUGAUCCUUCAACACCCUCACAUCACCCUCCAUCAAGUGGUGGAUACUAUACCUCACCACCCUCAACUCCAACUGACCCACCAGUCACUUUUACACCACCAUCUCCAUCCACACCAAUUGACCCUGCCACCCCUACUCUCCCAUCACCUCCUUUCCUUCCUUCCCCAUCUCCCUUAUCUGGAACAUGCAACUACUGGAGGAACCAUCCAGCAAUAAUAUGGGGAAUUCUAGGUUGGUGGGGAACAUUGGGAAAUGCAUUUGGUGUGACAAGUGUUCCUGGGUUUAGUCCUGGUUUAACCUUACCACAAGCACUAUCCAACACAAGAACUGAUGGGUUAGGAGCACUCUACAGAGAAGGAACUGCUUCAUUUCUCAACUCUUUGGUCAACCACAAGUUCCCUUACACAACUGAUCAAGUUAGGGACAGGUUUUCUGCCUCACUUCACUCCAACAAAGCUGCUGCAACACAAGCUCAUCUUUUCAAGAUGGCAAAUGAAGGAAAAAUCAAGCCUAGAUCACCAUGA